UUCCCUGUUUUCCUCACUCGAUUAGUUUCGCCUUUCUGUUCCUCACGCGUGUGUAUGUUUUGGACGAAAAGAAAUAUGGCAGCGCCCUCGAGUGAAGUGCAAAUUGUUCCUGCCAAAAAGCCCACAGCUCGAGGACCACGGCGGGUAGCCAAUCAAAUUCCAGAUGAAAUCCUCCAAGACCCUGAGUUACAGGAGGCAAUCAAAGCCCUGCCUGCAAAUUACAACUUUGAGAUCCACAAGACAGUUUGGCGAGUGAGACAAGCAAAAGCUCGGAGAGUUGCUUUGCAGCUUCCAGAAGGCCUGCAAAUGUUUGCCUGUACCAUUGCUGACAUCAUUGAGAGGUUCACAGAUGCAGAUACGAUUGUGAUGGGGGAUGUGACGUACGGCGCCUGCUGUGUGGACGACUUCACUGCCCGAGCCCUGGGAGCUGAUUUCAUGGUGCACUAUGGCCACAGCUGCCUAAUCCCCAUAGACUCGACAGCAGGUAUCAAGAUGCUGUAUGUGUUUGUGGAUAUCCAGAUGGACAAUGCACACUUCCUGGACACAAUCAAGUUCAACUUCUCUCCUGGACAGUCUCUUGCACUCGUCAGCACUAUUCAGUUUGUGGCAGCACUGCAGUCUGUGAGUGCAGCCCUCAAGCCAGAGUAUGAUGUGCUUGUCCCACAGUGUCGCCCCCUGUCACCAGGAGAAAUUUUGGGCUGCACCUCCCCUCGCUUGGACCGCCAUGUCAAUGCCAUAAUUUAUCUUGGAGAUGGAAGAUUUCACCUGGAGUCGAUCAUGAUUGCAAACCCAGAUAUUCCUGCCUACAGGUAUGACCCCUACAAUAAGGUGUUCUCCAGGGAAUACUAUGACCACGAAGCCAUGCGUGCUUUAAGGCUCCAGGCUAUUGACAAGGCUCGACUAGCACAGAGAUGGGGUCUGAUCUUGGGCACGCUUGGCCGACAGGGCAGCCCUAAAGUCUUGGAGCACCUGGAGUCAAGACUCCAGUCUUUGGGCAAGUCCUUCACUCGAGUGCUUCUCUCUGAGAUUUUUCCCAGCAAACUGGACCUGAUGCCAGAUGUAGAUGCGUGGGUUCAGAUUGCUUGUCCACGCCUUUCCAUCGACUGGGGCGCUGCCUUCUCCAAACCCCUUCUCUCUCCAUAUGAGGCAGCCGUUGCUUUACAGGAGGUAGGCUGGAAGGAAGUCUACCCCAUGGAUUUCUAUUCCAAUCAGAGCCUGGGUCCGUGGGCACCUAACCAUCCUGACAACCAACCUGUGCGGCCUGCUCGUAAACAGACCCAGAAAAAAGGCUCAGAGCCAGCCCUUCCUGCCAAGAACUGUGAGCAGAACCAAUGCGCCCCCUGUGGCUGUCAAGGGGAAUGACAUGUCACAACCAGUGCUGUCUUGCUGACUUGCCUCGCGUCUGCCUUUGCCUCUACUAACAACUGGAGGGAGGUCCGACCAGAAGAGGACAGUGGGAAUUUGUGCAGACAGUCUGACAUCCGCAGAGUUUUCAGCUUCUUUUCGAAUAGAUUAGAAGCCAUAUAUAACCAUCAAUCUUACAGUGCAGCAGAUCAAAAUCAGUAUUUCCACUAUUUAUUUUUUGCAUGUAGUCUAGAUUAAAAAUACAUGCAAGUAAGAGAAUUGCUUGCAUUUUUCAGACUCGUGCAUGUUCAUGUCAGCCUGAUUCUUAUGGCGAAACUACCUUCUGCUCUGCUGAGAAAUGAAUUCUCCCUGCAGAGGGGGAAUAUGUGGGCCUUUCUAUAAUGCAGAUGCUUCUUUUGUGGUUGUUCAAAAGAAAGCGUGAGAUGACCUUGAGCAUGCUGUAAGGAAUUAAGUGUCUGUCAAUGUGGGUGGCUCUAGUCAAAUGCAAUCCACUUGGGUGAAGCACUGUAAACUGACACUUUAAAUGAGCUUCCAUUUAUGCUGUGUUUUCAAAACAGUCAGACAUAGGCAGGAAGCACUUUUAUAUGCUCAGCGUGUCAUUUUGGGUUUUUUUUUCAUGUUUUCACAUUUUCUGCUGGUAUAUGAGCAGUUGAGAUGUGACCUGAACCUGUUUGGUUUUCUUGCUUUUCUCUGGUAAAACUCUGAAACAGUAAAUCAGAAAUGAAAUCUUGCUUCUUAUUGGGAGUGUCUUUUUGUUUUGUUUUCCUAAACGCAGUGGCGUUCUGAAGCGACGAGCCUGUUUUUAAAGCCGAGCGAUAUGAGUUCCUAGAUGUGUGCAGUGCUAGUCACGACUGCUCUCCAUCCUCAUUAUUUAUUGAUGAUGGAGUCUGUCAAUAAAUAAAUAAAUAAACCUCCUAUUGCUGUUUUGGCCGCUACAGCAAAAACUGAUUGACAGAGGCUCGCCAUGGCCUCGGCUGAUCCCAAGAACCUUCCCCAGGUGGCAGCACAGUGUGACAGGUGAUCUUUGGAGAGUUUUAAUUGUGUACAGCCGCCCGGCUUCUUCAAUCACAUCCUCACUCUGCUUUGCACCUUUGUUUCACUUCAGCAGCAAAGGCCAGUGAGAUGCAGACAUCCUGCCAGAUAUCCAUCUUUCUCUGGAUGUGUCACGUGUCCCAAUACUGGCUACAUUUUUUAGGAGCUCGGUAUUUUCCACACUGAUGCAUAGCAGCCAGGAAUAAAUUAUUGGCUAGCAGAGCUCUCUCCCAGCUGAUGUUCAAUUUUUAUUCUGGCAUGUUCUGUCACGGGCAAAGAAGGGAAAAUGUUAGUAAUCUGCCCUUUCUUUUCAUAACGUUUCAGGUUUAUAAUCUCAGUCUAAAGAUUUGUCAUAAUUUAAAUAAAAACAAUGACUGAUUUCAAUGUAAGUAAAAGGUUUUUUUUUGUUGUUUUUAAAUCAGGAAAAAAACAGCAAAUAUAGUUUGUGAUAUGAUUUCUAUUUUAACCAUGAUGUAUACAGGAGGUGGGAAAAAUGUGUGUUUUAAUAUUUAAUAUCCAUCUAUCCACUUUCUUCUGCUCAUCCAAUUUAGGGUUGCUAAGGUGAUGUAGCCUCUCCCAGCUGUUACAGGGCAAGAGGCAGAGUACACCCUGGAUAGGGCUAACACAGAGAGACAGACAACCACUCACACUCACACUCACACAUUACAAUUGCUGAUUAAUCUAAGAUGCAUCUAUCUGGACUGUGAGAGGAAGCUGGACUAUCGAGAGAAGCCUUGUGGGUACAGGGACCACAUGGAAACUGCGCACAGAAACCUUUUGCAUUGGGAUGAGACCCC